AGGUAGGCCCUACAGUAUGACAGCAUUUUGCGCAAUGAAUGAUCAAAUAAAAUCACUGAGAAAUAGAGUCGCUUAAAACAGAUCUGAAGAGGGAUUUAAAUACAGCUGUGUCGGGAGUAAAGUAGGCUAAAUAUUUCCAAAUGUAAGUCGAGCUAUUUGAAUCAUCGGUGCUUUUCUUACAAGAGGAAACAAACUAGCUUCGUUGUAAAAGUUGCGGUCAGAAUUCAUUUGAUUUGACGUGAUAAUCAUUUCUUUAAUUUGUUUUAUUUCUUUGUCAUUUCGAACAGUUUGAAUCCUUUCAAACCAUUACAACUAAUGCCUACAAAAGACAUUUAACUGCACUUCAGAAUAUUGAAAACAGAGACAGACGGUUAAAAACCAAACAAUAAAAUCUGUGUUCUAACCGCAGGCCCUGCCAGUUUAAUUUAUUGAUUUAUUCGUGGCCAGCAUGUUACUGUGUGCGACAGUGUCACGACAAAAUAAUAACCUAUCGAAAGGCAAGCAGCUUUACAUCAUUAUCUGCCUAUUAUAACAACGUUAUUUUAAUGGAGAAUUUGCCUAUAUCUAAUCGUAUUAUUAAUUGUAAGAGGUACAGUAGGGAAGUAGUGGGAGUAAGGGAGACCGAAACGCACGCGAUCGCCAAAACAAAAGGGAUCCUUCUCGUUACAUCAUUAUCGCCAAAGAUCGUCAACAUUAGGCCUAAUAUUAGCAGGUAGGCUAUAUUAUAUUAUAUGUAGGCUGUAUUAUAUUAUAUAUAGGCUAUAUUAUACCUAUAGGCCUAUAAUGAUGCUGAUGCUGGAAGAACAAGAAAUAGUGAACCUGACUGAGUAGCCGACUGAGAAAACUGGGCGCUUUGACGCCAAUAGAGUGUAAAUUACCUGACAAUUAUUGAAUACUUAAUUCAUUCAUAAUAGCCACUCAACCACCCAUUUCCCAAAGAUGAAUCUGGAUUUGUCAAUGUGCAUUUGGGGAGGUGGGAUGGUUUCUACUCCCAUGCCCUUCCAUCCCCUUUCAUUCCCUCUCUCCUUUAUUGGCUUUCAACGAAUCUUCAAAGAGCGCGGACCCUAUAAUUAAGGGGCGGGAUCUCUGCCUCUCCAAAUACGUCUGUGCGCUCAUGCCGGAGUUCUCUCAAACUGUCCCGGGACUGCGAGCAGAGAAGAGAACCGACUUAACUAUCUACUCUUGGGAUUUUGUUUCCCAGGGAUGGCCGCAUCUAUUCUGGAGGAGGAAGCUCGCUAUGGUUCCAGUCCUCUUGCUAUGCUAACCGCUACCUGCAACAAGUUUGGCAGCACCAGCCCGGUGAGGGACUCAGCCACCCCGGGCAAGGCCGGCCCCGGCAGCACCGCUACAGUCAAGAAGCAGUACACCAUGAGCUCAGAGCUCCAGGGACAGAGAAACAGCAGAGGAGGAGGAGAGAGCAUGGAGAACUCCUACACUGGUUCCUUCAGCUCAGCGGGUGGGUUACUCACACCCACUGGCAGCCCUCCUCCAUCCUCUGGGGGGUAUACGUCCGAGUACAACCCCUUCUCCCACUCCUUCCAGACCUCCAUGUCCCAGGGCCAGGACCAGUCCCUGCUGGUGUCCAAGGCCCACGCCACGGCCGACUGCCUGACCAGCGUCUACACCUCCCUGGACAUGACUCACCCCUACGGCUCCUGGUACAAGGCAGGCAUCCACCCCGGCAUCACCGCCGCCCCCUCCAACACCACGUCCUCCUGGUGGGACGUCCACCCAAAUACCAACUGGCUGAGUGCUGCCCAGCCCCAGUCCGACGGCCUCCAGGGCUCCCUCCAACCCGUCCCUCCCCAAGCCUCCCUCAGCCCCCAGCUGCCCAGCUACACCUCUGACUUCACCUCUCUGAACCCAGCUCAGUACCCCUCGGUGGGCCUGGGGUCCACAUCACACCUCCUCCAGUCCUCCCAGCACAUGCUGCCUCAGGACAUGUACAAGCCCAAGCCGGUGUCUGGUGGAGGGCUGAUGGAGAAUCAGAUGGGCCUGAAGCCUGCUGGUGGAUCACGGGGUUACGGUGGGGGAACCACCACUGGCCGGUCCAACUGUGACUGUCCCAACUGCCAGGAGCUGGAGCGGCUUGGAGCCUCGGCUGCAUCCCUGAGGAAGAAGCCCGUUCACAGCUGCCACAUCCCGGGCUGUGGGAAGGUCUAUGGUAAAGCCUCCCAUCUCAAGGCCCACCUCCGCUGGCACACUGGGGAGAGACCUUUCGUCUGCAACUGGCUGUUCUGCGGGAAACGCUUCACACGUUCCGACGAGCUGGAGAGGCACGUCCGCACGCACACCCGGGAGAAGAAGUUCACCUGCCUGCUGUGUAACAAGAGAUUCACCCGCAGCGACCACCUCAGCAAGCACCAGAAGACCCACGCAGAGUCUGCCCUGCAGCAGGCCAAGACCGGGGAGGGAGAGGCCCAGGACCCCAGGAACAACGAGGAGACGGCAGACCCCAAUAACCUCAACACGGCCGUGCAGAAUAACAACGUCCCUAGUGAGACGACUACCAACGGAGAGGAGAAGACUGGCUCAGCCAACGGGGUAGAGACCAGCAGUGGACUGCUGGAGAUUUAACUUCAGCGUAUGUGUUGUGGUCUUAUAGAGAUGUUUUGUUCAGUUAGUGUGGCACCGUUGUGGUGCAAAGUUUACUAUAUAUCUAAAAACAAACAGCAUUAUUUAGUAUUUGUACAUGCUGCCCACGCGUUUGACAUUAAUUGUCAAAGGAUGCAUUUGACAUAGUUUGUAAUGACUUUCAAGAUAACUGGCCAGGCUGGUUGGGAAAUACCCAUUCUGUGGACUUCACACACACACACACACACACCUCACACCUCACACACAAUUUCUUAAUUUUCAGUAAGACAAACCACUAAAUUCAACCUGUAAGAUCAGAGGGGAGAAACAAGAAGAAAAUGUGUGUAUCUAGUAUGAGGGACAAAAUGGACCAUUGCUUUGCUAUGGUACAUUAUUGGCUCAGUAAGAACCAGUCUCUGAUAUUGGGUACGUCUUGUUUUGGGAUUUGAGUCUGUGCGCUUCCUAUCAUGUCUUAUUUAAUUUUAGAUUUACACAAAUAAUCUAAUUUAUGUUUUAAAUUAUAAGCAUUAAAGAUUAUCGUGCAUUUUUCAGGCAGUGCAUUGUUGGAUAAUAAUGGCAAAAUAAAGCCAUUGAUAAUUUAGUAAAUUAAGAUGAUUAUUUUUUUCUUUUAUUUAUUGAUUAUAACCACGGUGAUGUUGUUGGUGCUAUCGUGUUUGAAGAUGUAUUUAUAGAUCUUGAAAUGAAUUGUUUCUGCUAACUAUUUUCUACAUAACUAUUCUAUUGUGAAGUCUGCACACCUGCCACGUUGACAGUGAUGACGGCGUUCUCCUUUAGGUACUUUAAUUCUGUAUUGUCAGGUGCGUUAUUUUUCUGCCCUUUUUCUAAUUUGUUGAUAAACUUUUUUUUCCAACUCUAAUGAAAAUGACACAAUAAUAUUAAGACACACCGAUUAAAUUAAGGUAGAAAUCAGAUGGUAUAUGUUCACGUCUUCAAAGAAAGUCCAAAGUUUAUCACAGCAAUGCAUGAUGGAUAUUUAGGAUAAUAAACUCCUGAUAUUUUGUGAUUGAACUUCAUGGAGAAUAUUAGUUGGAACUUUUGCAGGAUGUGGAAUGAGCUAAAUAAGGAAACUGUAAUUUAGCAUGAGCUUGGUAUAGGAGUAUGUCUUCAGUGUCGUGACAUGAAAUGGUGCUUCAGUAAAAAAAAAAAAAAAA